AUGAUUACCCAGCUAGACGACUGGUCAGCUGUUGUCCCAGACAGAGACGGUAUGGAUACCCGACUUGACGACUGGUCACCUACUCUCCCUGAUAUCAAUCAGCACAUUGAAGGCUCUAUGAACAUACAAGUUGACAUCUGUCCACCCACUGUUCCCUCAGUCUCAAACCUGAGUUCGUCUUUGUCUGCAAAGUGCACCCUCUCGCCACCACGGGGGACCAUAGAUCGAUUCGGAAGCUUGCCAUGGUUUGCUCUCGAAGAAAUCCUCUUUCACUUGCCUGACUUGUCUACCUUACAUCAAUUGUGCCAAGCUUCGCCAGCUGUGGCUGAAUAUCUCAGCGACAAGGUUGGAAUAUUUCCAAAGGUUGUUGAAAAGAUCAUGGAUCCGUGGAUUGACCCUGUGACUAGCGAAGAUAUAGAUUUCCGUACCAUACGGCACCCUGAUCGGGGUGUCAUAAUAGAUACCUCUGUUUUUUUUCGAACUCUGGUCUAUCUCUGGUGGAAAGAGAAUGUCGUGGCCACAGGUGUGCCUGCGGAUGAGAACCCGUUGCCGGAUGACUUCAACGAUGUGUGGCUCUACCACAUCAAUAUCGGUUUAGAGGGCUUCGUGGAGCCAAAAAAGGUCGGGGAGAUUCCCCUCCCAUUUUCAACUCCGCCGAAGAUUCUGCGUUAUCUGCUGAGUCUUGCAAGCCGCAUCCGGCGGGAUGCCCAUGCCUUCUUCCACAGCGCCAUGGAUCUUUUCAAGUCUAGCAAAAUCGAGGAGCUCUCGUACAAAAAGGGAGUGUGGAAAGAAAACGGGACCCGUCGCCCUCGUGGCGUUCCGAUUGACAGCAGUAACGCGGAUUGGCCUCUCACUUGGUUGGAGGAGCAGCGCAUCAUGCAGGCCCUGUUGAAGCCGUACAUUUUCUCGGUACUGCGCCGCAUGGUCUGUGAGACAGGGCUACUGAAAACCAACGCUAUUCCUCCCUCUCCCAAGAGACCGGAUUCCACAGAUACGCUCCAGGACCUGCAAAAGAAUGCAUUGGUAAACUUCUGGGCACCUUUUUCAUUCGCUGGUAUGACGGGGAAUGAGCCGCUUGAACAACUGGAGACCAUCUGUACCUGGAAAGAAGGAAGACGGUCGCACGGAACGCAACCCAAGCGAGACGCCAAGUUUACCACAUGCUGUCCGAAGUUUAGCCAGCUGAGCGACGAGCAACUCAAAAAGGGCUUGUGGUCUCUCCAACAUAGCACGCUUCCGGGGCCAUUUUUGGCACAAAAUUCCACUCACUCUGUUGUGAGAGACGCUGGCCUUCGCGGAGACUUCCACAAGUUCGGCGUAAGCUUCUGGGACAUGGAUAGAAUGCUCAACUUGGGGCUCGCGACUCAUAAGAUGCACCGGGAGAUAGACAAGAAAGACCUCGCGUUUCGUUGGUUGACUCUGCUGCUGUCGAACAAAGGCCCCAGAAAGUACGGCCAGAAAAGGUUGGGUCGAUUCCGCAGUCGUACAAAGGCUAUUCCGGUAGCCAAGUAG